AUGGUCAUAAGAGUAUUUGAUGGAGAUCUAUCUGAAACUAAGCAAGAAGCAUUGUAGAAAUUUAGAGAGAGGCAUGUCUAAUAAAUGCUUAACAAGAGAAAUAAUCCUUUUGGCUAGACAUAAUAAAAAAAAUAGUUAUGGCUUCAGAACGGAAGCAAUAGCAUAAGCAGAGCAAAUCAUAACAUAACAGGAUUAAGGAAAAACUCAGAUCAAAGUGAUAGUUAAAUGAACAGGACAUAUGUAGAGGCUAGCCAGCAUAAUUAAGAUUUAUCACAUACAAUUACAAGCAGUAUAAAUAAUCUCAGGCUUAACCAUGAAUCACCAACCUAAUUCUAGACAAUAUAAGAAAAAAGUAAGCUAUAAGAAUAUGACGAGUUCAGAAAUUCAUCUAGACUUGAAAUAGAUUCUCCCAUGCUAGGGAUAAAAAACGAUUAUAAAAAGAAUAUCAAUAAAAACAUUAAUUAUAAUGAUUCCUUUGAGACGUAUUAGAAUGUGAAGCUUAAUAAGACAUUCAUGAUAACAUAAAAGGAAAAAAGAAUUCAUCACAAUAGAUUUAGGAGUUCUGUUAAUGGCUUGAAUUAGAAUGAUAAAAAGCUGAAGUAAUAAAUAUUUGAUAAUACCUAGGAAAAACUUAUAAACAAUCAGAAAUUCUUCAGGGUUACUCAUUCAUCGCAAAAUUAAAAAAGAUAACCUGGUUAAAUUAAUUAUAGGAAUCUGCAGUCUCUACCUAAAUAAUACCAAACAUUUUAUAGUAACAAAGCAAAUUAUAUAGGAUUUCAUGACAAAGUGGAUGGUGGAAAGAAUUUGCAACAGUAUUUUAUGGAGUAAAGUAACAUCAAGAACACACUAGAAUUGAAUAAAAAGGCAUUAGUAAAUCUUGAGAAAAAAUGUGAUUCUACAUUAGCUUCACUGACUAAUAGAAACAGGAAUAUGAUCAGCAAAUAUACUACAAUGAUAUCAAAUUUGCAGACUCCUGAUUCUAGAUUUGAUCAUCAAACUUUUAGAACUGAGUUGGAAAAUGAAAUAAAAUCUGGUUAGGUAUACAAAUAAACAAUUCAAAUCCUAAAGAUGGAGAGAAAGCAUGAAAGAAAGAUGAAGGACUUCAAGGAAGUAAUGAAUAAGAAAUACUAGGCUGAGGUAAACUAGAAUACUCAGGAGACAGGAGGCUCAACUUCACCUAAAGAUAAAAAGCUUUCCACAAUAAAGAAGAAGAAGAAAGACACUAGAGGACUAAAUUUAGAGGUAGAUGAUGACUUCACUAUAAAUGUUGAGAACACGGAUGAUGAAGAUAAUCAAGAGAAUGCUGGCAACUUGUUGAAUGAUAAUUUAAGUGACUACUCUUAUCAGGACAAUGAUGAUGAGGUAAAUAUCUUCACCGAUAAGUUCAUAUAAAAAAGUGAAGAAAAAAAUCCUAAGUUUGAUUAUACUACUAUCUAAACGUAGAACUAAAAUAGAGUUAUCGAAACUCGGCAAUCAAGGACCUAGAGUGCUGUUAAUAAGAAUAUUAUAAAGAUUUCUAAAAGGGCUGAUCUUAAAGAGAGAAUUAACAAAAUGAUCUUAUCUAGAAAUUUAAAGCCAGGUUAAUCUAAAAAAACCUAGAUGCUGUAAAGUCAUGAGGUAAGUAAAGAGAAAAUAGUAUUCAACACUAAGAAAGGGUAAAUACUCUAUACUUAAGACUCAUUGAAGAGGCUAUUGAACAAUGAUAGUCUAAAGUAUGAGAGAAGUAUGAAGGCUGUUGUUGAUGAAUUUAUGGAAUUUUCAUCUAAGAGCUACUACUUCAUAAGUAAUAGACUCAAAAAUACGAAAUGCUAAUUUUGA